GCUGGCUUGUGUAACUGAGUAAGUUAAGGGUGGGGCUCCUUGAUUAUGCUGUAACAAGACUUUUUGUGUAAGAUUUAAAUAUGAAAAGUUAAAACUGAAACUUCUGCUGUUGCAAAAGGUAUUGCGUCAAUGACAUCAGUCUGUGCUACUGGCUUCUAGGUAGAUCAUUAAUGAAGAAUUCCCGGAACCGCUCCCAGCUUUUCCUGUCAGUCUUUUGCUUGUCCGGACUGGUGAGGCUUGUUUUGGAUUUUCUCUCUUUCCCCUGAGGAAUGGCGGUGUCUAAAGUCUCUAUUUCCGAAGCCAAACUCUGCUGUGCCAUUUGCUUGGACCUCCUCAAGUCUCCUGCCACCAUCCCGUGCGGCCACAACUUCUGUAUGGAAUGCAUCGGGAGGUGCUGGCACCAGGAUGGGAGAUCGGAGACCUUCCGGUGCCCCCAGUGCCGGGAGACAUUCAGCUCCAGACCUUCCCUGUCCAAGAACACCAUUCUCUGUGAGAUCGUGGAGGACUUCACCACCUCGGAUUCCUCCUCUGCCUCAAAGGAUGCUACUGGCCCUCAGGAUGUCCUGUGUGACUUCUGCACUGAGCAGAAGCUGAAGGCAGUCAAGUCAUGUGUGGUUUGCAUGGCCUCCUUCUGCCAGCUUCACCUCUUGCCCCACGCCAGCAACCCGGUCUUCAAGGACCACCGCAUCAUCAGUCCCAUCAGCGAUAUCGAGGCCAGGAAGUGCCCAAGCCAUCGGAAACCGCUGGAGGUCUUCUGCCGGACUGACCAGACGAGUGUCUGCUGUUUGUGCGCCAUCAAUGAGCACAGACAACACGAGACAGUGUCCUUGGAGGAGCAAGUCAAUGAACUAAAGAAAGAACUUAAUGAGCGACAGGGAGAGGUGGAUACACUGAUAGAGGAAACCUCAGGCGAGAUUGGAAAGUUGAAACAGAAGAUAGACUCCAUUAAAGGCACGGUGCUACAGGUAAAACAACAGGCCAAGCAGAAGUGUGCCGAGCUGCAGAGAGUAGUCGAGAAGGCACAGAGGGAUGUGUUUCAUUUUCUCGAGGAAGAGGAGGGAGCCGUGGUGAGUCAAGUGGAGAAAUCUAUGGCUCAACUGCAGAGUAGCCUUGUUGUGCUGCAACAGAGCAGGCUGCAGCUGGAGGCUGCCCUGAACAGUGAUGACAGCUUCCUUGUACUGCAGGAAUAUCAACAAUUAAAUAAACCUGUGGAGGCUUGCCCUUUGCUGCCCUGCCAGGUUGAUGCCAAAUUUUCAGCUGUGGAAUGCGCUCUGACUGAACUGUCCAAUCAUAUCACACAGCAACUGCAUGGAAGUUUCAACCCACAUCUGGACCUAGAACAGGCCAAAGGAUAUGGUCCAGCUCUGUCAGUGCCUCCAGGGAACCAGCAGAUGCCACGUGCUCCCUCCCCAAGGACAACUGGGCAUGAAGACCAUGAUAUCUCCAACUCCAUUAACCCAUUAGAUACCUGCCUCAUGGAAACAAAGCCAGACCCCACCUGCAAGAAGAGAGCAGAUUAUUUAAACCAUGCUCUUCAUUUGAUGUUUGACCCCAACACAGCUCACAAGCAUCUCCUUCUCUCAGAUGACAACCGAACGGUGACAGAUGUUGAUCCUGACUGCGUCCCCUAUCCAGAACACCAGGACAGAUUCAACAGCUUCCCUCAAGUGUUGUGCACUCAGAGCAUAUCGGAAGGCUGCUGCUAUUGGGAGGUGGAAAUGAAUGGACACUGGGCAGGAAUCGGGCUCACCUACCAAGGGAUCAAGAGGAAAGGGUCAAAUAUGAGCAGCCUGAUUGGGAGGAACAAUCUCUCCUGGUGUCUCUUGUACAGCAACAGCAAAUUUUCUGCCCUCCACAAUAAACAAGAGGUCACUCUCCAGUCAGGAAGGCAGCAACGGAUCGGAAUCUACCUCGACUAUUCUGAAGGGGCACUGGAAUUCUAUGGUGUUGGGAACACGAUGAGUCUCAUCCACAGAUUCAAGGCAGUGUUUACAGAGCCUGUCUAUCCUGCUUUUUUUGUUUUUCUGGGAACAUCCCUCAGUCUCUGCCAGUUGAGUUAGGGGAAACUUCUUUCAGGGGAUAAAAGACUGCAUGUUAUUUCAGGAUGGAUCUUUUGCGAGAAAGGAAACUAUAUACCAUACCUGGGGAAUGUCACCCCAGAGAGUAGGAAGAAUGUGGAUUAGCACUGUUAAGUGCAAUGGAAAUUGGGAAGUUAGAUAAGAAUGAGGGAGAAUGGAACUGCUAAUAGGUUGAACUGAGGCAGAGGGGGAGAAAACUCUGGAGAGUCUAACAGUGAGCAGUUGGGCUGAGUUCUUUAUUUCCUUUCAAGGAAACAUUUCCAGCCCGAACAUGUAUUACCUUUCUUUCAAUAAUCCUGGAUCAAAGCCAACUAACAAACAUCAUGGGUGUGUGGGGGGGACGCAGUCAGGAUGUGAUAAUGCACACCUUUCCCAUCUUGCUCCAGCAAUGAAACAUUGCCAAAAGGGGGCAGUAGGCCAAGAAGAGGUGGUUAGAAAUGACAGGGUUGGAAGAUGGAGUAUAGAGGAUUUGAGAACAGUCAUGGAUAAUUUCAACUUUUGCUUUGCUAACGAAUCAGAGGGUAAAAAUAUAAGUUUUGGGGAAGUAUUUCUUGUGUGCUUUGUAGUAUAAUUAUUUAAUCUCACCCUCUCCAUCCCUGGUCUAAAAACACCCAGAGGUUAAAACCCAGCAGAACAAGUCAUCCAGAUCACUUUGACUGUUCCAUUCAGCACCUCCCACACUGCUAUCAGAGAACAUGAUGGGAAGACCAACAUUCUGCCUUUGAUAAAUUGUGUAUCCUGCAUAUUUUUGUUGUCUUGCCACUAGAUCAAUGCCUCAGAAUUUCUCCUCUUUACAUAUACAGUUAAAAUCUCCUGCCCCUCUCCUUUGGUACUGCCUUCUCCCUCAAACACAUUGAUAAGGAUAGAGCAGUAGAUGUAGUUGUAUAUGGAUUUCAGCAAGGCAUUUGAUAAGGUACCCCGUGCAAGGUUUAUUGAGAAAGUAACGAGGCAUGGAAUCCAAGGGGACAUUGCUUUGUGGAUCCAGAAUUUGGUUGCCCACAGAAGGCAAAAUUGUAGAUGGGUCAUAUUCUGCAUGCAGGUCAAUGACCAGUGGUGUGCCUCAGGGAUCUGUUCUGGGACCCUUACUGUUUGUGAUUUUUAUAAAUGACAGAUUAAGGAAGUGGAAGAAUGGGCUCUUAAGUUUGCUGAUGACACAAAGGUUGGAGGUAUUGUGGAUAGUGUGGAGGGUUGUCAGAGGUUACAGCGGGACAUCAAUAGGAUGCAAAACUGAGCUGAGAAGUGGCAGAUGGAGUUCAACACAGAAAAGUGUGAGGUGGUUCAUUUUGGUAGGUCAAAUAUAGUAUUAAUUGUAAGACACUUGGCAGUGUGGAGGAUCAGAGGGAUCUUGGGGUCUGAGUCCAUAGGACACACAAAACUGUUCCGCAGGUUGACUGUGUGGUUAAGAAGGCAUAUGAUGCAUUGGCUUUCAUCAUUUGUGGGUUUGAGUUUAGGAGGUGAGAGAUAAUGUUGCAGCUAUAUAGGGGCCCACUUGGAGGACUGUGCUCAGUUCUGGCUGCCUCACUACAGGAAGGAUGUGGAAACCAUAGGAAGACUGCAGAGGAGAUUUACAAGGGUGUUGCCUGGAUUGGGAAGCAUACCUUAUGAGAAUAGGUUGAGUGAACUCGGCAUUUUCUCCUUGGAGCGAUGGAGGAUGAGAGGUGAACCUAUAGAGAUAUGUAAGAUGAUGAAAGGCAUUGAUUGUAUGGCUAGUCAGAGGCUUUUCCCCAGGGCUGAAAUGGUAACACGAGAGGGCACAGUUUUAAGGUUUUUGGAAGUAGAUACAGAGGAGAUGUAGGGUAAGUUUUUUUUACGCAGUUAGUGGCCAGUGCGUGGAAUGGGCCGCCAGCAACGGUGGUGGAGGCAGAAAUGAUAGGGACUUUUAAGAGACUCCUGGAUAGGUACAUGGAGCUUAGUAAAAUAGAGGGCUAUAUCUUAUAAAGGCUCAGCAUUAUCUCCUUGCUUUUAUAUUCCAUUCCCCUUGAAUAAAUGCCAACGUUGCAUUUGCCACCUUUACCACAGACUCAGCCUAUGAAUUAACCCUCUGGAAGUCUUGCACAAGAAUUCCCAAGUCCCUCUGCACCUCUGAGGUUUGAACCUUCUCCCCAUUUAGAUAAUAGUCUGCAAUAUUGUUCCUUUUACCAAAAUGUAUUAUCAUACAUUACCCAACAUUGUAUUCCAUCUGCCAUUUUUUUUGCCCACUCUUCCAAUUUUUCAAAGUCAUACUCAAUCACAUUGCUUCCCCAGCACUGCCUACCCCUCCAUCUAUCUUUGUAUCAUCCGCAGACUUUUCCACAAAGCUAUCAAUUCCAUUAUCCAAAUCAUGGACAAACAGAGGAGAACACCACUAGUCACUGGCAGUCAACCAGAAAAGGCCACCUUUAUUCCCACUUGCUGCUUCCUGCCUGUCAGCUAUUCCUCUAUCCAUGCCAGUAUCUUUCCUGUAACAGAUUUUAUCUUGUUAAGCAGUCUCAUGUGUGGCACCUUAUCAAAUGCCUUCUGAAAAUCCAUGUAAAUGACAUCCAGUGAUUCUUCUUUGUCCUCCUGGCUGGUUACUUCCUCAAAGAACACUAACAAAUUUGUCAGGCAAGAUUUCCCUUCACAUGCUGACUUUGACUUAUUUUAUCAUUAAUUUCCAAGUAUGCCAAAACCUCAUCCUUAAUAAUGGACUUCAACACUUCCCCAACCACUGAGGUUAGGCUCACUAGCCUGUAAUUUCCUUUUGCCUUCCUCCCUUCUUAAAAAGUGGAGUGACAUUUGCAAUCUUCCAGUCCUCUGGUACCAUGCCAGAAUCAAGUGAUUCUUGAAAGGUCAUGACUAAUGCACCCAUUAACUUUCAACAACCUCUCUCCAGACACUGGGAAUGUAGUCCAUCUGGUCUAGGUGACUUACCCAUUUUAAGACCUUUGAGUUUGCCUAGCACUUUUUCCUUUGUAAAAGCAAUGGCAUUCAAUCCUGCUCCCUAACAUUCACGGACCUCUGAUACACUGCUAUAUGUUCCACAGUGAAGAUUCAUUUGCCAUCUCUUUGGCCCCCAUUACUAACUCACUGGCAUCUUUUUCCAGUGGUCUAAAAUCAACUCUCACCUCCCUUUUACUCUUUAUAUAACUGAAUAAUUCCUAACCACUGUCUCUAUUCCCUUUCCUUCCUGAGACUGAGCUUGUCUGCUUUGUCUCAGUGAGUUGCAGAUCACCCACCCAAAGCAAUAGUAACUACAUAAUCCCACCUAUGUAACACCCAUUGAUGUUUCUGCUAAACUCAAACACAACAACUCUAAAGCAUUCUUUGAUGGCCUCCAUCAGCUUCCAUACAAAUCUAAGCUGUCAUACAAAUGCCUGCUGACCGUACCCCAACUCCCACAAGACCAGGGCAUUCUGCAUGCCAUAGAUUACUAGGAACUGUUGGAUUGAUUGCACAUAGCGGGAGUGAAACUUGAAAAGAAGCAAGCGGGAGCAGUCAGGACAUUCUGUGCACUGCAUAUUGUGGGAUAAUUAGGCACUUGUCAAGGGUCAAUAAAAAGAAGUUAGAUUUAAACAGAGCAGCAUUAUGUGAGUGGGACAGGGUUGAGUCUUUGGCUCAUGGAGGUUUCAGCAAGGAGAGUUAUGUAGAUUUUCUUUCUUAUUGCAUGGUUAGAGCAGUGGGAAUGCCAGAGAGGUUGGUGGAAUGCUCCUCUUGAGGGGUGUGGAAAGUCAGGGAGACCUCCAGUGUCCCUGACGACUAUACCUGCAAGAUAUGUGGCCAGCUGACUGUUAUGGAAUUGAAGAUGGAGCUGGAUCAACUCUGGAUCAUUUGGUAGGCUGAAGGGUAGACAGGUGAUACAGGGAGGUAGUUACACUUAAGAUGCAGAACACUGGUAACUGAGCAACCAUCAGGAAGGGGAAAGAGGAUAGGCAGUGAGUGAAGGGUACCCAUGUGGCCAUUCCCUUCAAUAACAGCUUUUGGAUAGUGUUGUGAGAUGGUCCAGAGGAGGUUUACAAGAAUGAUUCUGGGCAUUAAAGUGCUAAUGCAUGAGGAGUGUUUGAUGGGUUUGGGUCAGUAUUCACUGGAAAUUAGAAGAAUGGGGGGUGGGAAUCUCAUUGAAACAUACUGAAUAUUGAAAGGCCGAGAUACAGUGGAUGUGGAGAGGAUUUUUUCUAAAGUGGCUGAGUCUAGGACUAGUGGGCACAGCCUAAGAAUAGAGGGGCAUCCACUUAGAACAGAGAUAAGGUGUGUAGAGGCCAAGCCAUUGAGUAUUUUAAAAGGUUGUUAGGUUCUUGAUUAGUCGAGGCAUCAAAAGUUACAGGGAGAAUGGGGUUGGGAGGGAUAAUAAAUCAGCCUUGAUGGAAUGGCAGAGCAGACUCAGUGGGCUGAAUGGCCUAAUUCUUAUGUCUAUGUCUUACGGUCUUUAUUUCAAACAUUAAUUAUUUUUUUGCAAUGUUACAUUCAGCUGGAUUGACAUGAAUAUACUUUGAUCUAAACUUGUACAAAAUAAAGUGUGCUUUUGGAAUGACA